CAAAAGCACUUGAAGUAAGCUGGGUGUUGCUGUUCUCAGCACCAUCUUCAGUCUCCCACCUGUCGGCGUUCGAUUCGCUUUACUCUGGAAAAGUUUUCAUUUUUACUGAAAUUUGUAUUGAUAUACACAUUUAUCAGUUUAUGGUUAGAUUGAACAUGGUUACCAUAGCAACCGGGGCAGUUGUUGUUGGAAUUUGUUCGGUCUGUGCGAUUCCAGUUGGAUGUUUCAUAUCUCGACGAUUCAAGAAGAAAGUGAUAACCCCUGAAGAGGUUCCGAAUGAUUCCGCGACCGGAACGGACGGCUCGUCACCGGUACGAACGAGGAACGAACGAUGCUCGGAUUCAGCGCUGGUGUUGAGCCCUGUAAUAGUGGCGCAGUGCGCGGAGAUGUCCUCGAGGUCGAUGAUAGAAGUGCGGGUGAUCUUCGCGAACGGCUCGAAGAGGUCCUCCGAGGCCGAGAGUCAAGGAUACGUCAGCGCCUCGGGAUCUCCGAAGGCCCUGGAAGAGAGGAGGGAUUCGUCCUUGCAGCAUCCGGCGACGCGACCAGCGACGAGUCGCCGGGAAGAAGCUGCUAGUAAUUCGCUCCCCGUCCCGUUGGUGGGCGAGACGGUAUCCGACGAUACGACCCGGCUGGAGAUCACGAUAUCCGGAGGAUUCGCGGGGAACGUCGCGCGCUUCGUCGAGUUCAAAAAGGACCUCGGGGCCUCGACGUCGACCCCGAAUUCCAGGCUAUCCAGAGGCCCUCCAGAGCCGAAGAAGCCCCAGCCUAGGAGGCGAAGGCAUUCCGGUUUCUGGAGACGCACCUUUGGCAGCCGCGACGAGCAGUCGAAGGUCCUUGAGGCGAGUCACGCCGCCGAGGAUCCAGACCCGGAAUCGAUUUCCGGGGUUGAAAUGCGAUCCAGGGGCAAUUUGGAGUCACAACUGGACAGUGACGACGCUGGGAAAUCCCUGAUUGAAGAAGGCCUUUCGUUUGAGGCCCAGCCUGCUGAGGCUUCGACCUCUUGUAAGGAAAAUCGGAAAGGGUGUAGCAGAUGGGGACUACCUGCUCGACUUUUGGAAACUCUCAAAGAAUCCACGAGCCUUACGAGUCUCUAGACGCAUGAAAUUUCUCCCAGAAUUUCGAAUUCAUUAUUGAUGAACCAAUCGUUUUCUCAAACUUGUUUUGAAUAUUGACUGAAUUUUAUUGUUUACAAUUUUAGACGAGUUGUAUAGACAUUUUAAUAUUUGUACUGAUAACGGGGUUCAAAUUUAACUCGGCUUACGAUUCUGCAUGUUAUUUUUAUUCCAUUUCAUACUGAUGACUGAAUUGUUUUUACACUCUUAAUUAGGGACUGAUGCAUAGCCGUUUGCCGAGUCUCAACGAUAUAUUAUUCGUGUCGUCGUGAAAUUGAUAGAUAUAAUACAGUAAGUUCGAGCAAUUGCGCGCAAAUACUCAACUGAGAUCUCAGAUUUUUAGCUCUUUAUUAUUAAGGUUACUCCCAUGAGUUUACCGGCUUUCGGUUUAUUGCUGCUGAAAGUUUUGCUUGGAAAUUUAUUUUACCAAUUUUAUGUUUUCAAGUUGUACCAUAAUUAAAUCGAAUAUUCAAUUUGUAUGACGCAUAUUGUUCAAUGGUGAUCUGCCACAAAUGUAAUAUACAGAAUAUUCUUGAAUAAAGUCCUUGUUCUUGAGCAAUGUGAAA